UUCGCUUUCCUUUUUCUUCUUCUUCUUCGUCUCCACCACAGAGCAUUCUUCAGAGUCGACUGUUUCGGAAUGGACGCGAGCAAUACAAGCGACGCCUACAUUAGAAUCAGCAACGAUGUUAUCAGCAAGUCUCGAAACGACCUCGUCUUCAGUGGAGAACUCGAUGAGUCUGUUCUUACCGAGCUUCAUGCGACUUGGAGAAGGAAGAUGAUACAAGCCGGAGUCAUAAGAGGAACCAUAGAUACAUCUUCUCCUUCGUUUCCUACCACAACACCUUUGAUGCAGAUUCAAGAUCCAAAUCCUUUGCAUGGAUAUGCUCAGAAUCAGAGUGGGAUUGACACUGAUGCUCAGUUUCCAUCCACGGAGCUUGGGUUGUCGAUAAAAGAUGAGAGUGAAGGAUUUCACAUUCCUCAGCAAGAUGGUGCUAGUGAUGAUAUAAAGCCAAGCGCUUUUGCUCCUCAUGAUGAUGCAGAUGAUGAUGAUGAAAGUUUGAACGAGGAUGAUGAUUAUGAGGAAGAUGAUAUCAAUGAUGAUGAGGACAUUCCGCAUUUGAUCAUGUGUCAGUUUGAUUAUGUAAAGAAGCGUAAGAACAAGUGGGAGUGCAAACUCAAAGCUGGGGUUAUGCAAAUCAACGAAAAGAACAUUCUUUUCUCUGAGACCAAAGGAGAUUUUACCUUCUAAGAGAAGCUUUAUGUGAAGGCUAUUUGUCUCUUUCUCGCUAGACUCUCUACUAAAUAAAUGCAAACUCUUAAUGUAUAUAACAUUGUUUUGGCUUUGUUCCAAUACCUUGGUUGCAAUGGAGUUAAUAAAUAAUGGAAUUUGCGAAUUUGAAUCCAUUGGUCCUAACGCAGCACUAGUGCUCUUCUUGUUUUGAAGUAUCUUCAUGUAGAAUCUUUCUUUCUAUUAUGUACCUGUUUCAUAUUACACGAAACAAAGAGCCUGAGAAAACAGCCAACUACAAUCCAAAAAUUGUCCAGGUUCUUGCAAGCAAGUGGUCGGUCACUUGUUGACGCGUCUCCUUCUUCAAUUCCCCAGCGGUUACCAACACCAAUCAGUUGAGACCGUUUAUGGAAAAAGAGCAGUCAAGACUCAAAACCAACCGUUCAUCAUAAAAGGACCCGAACCUCUCCUUGUCUCUUAGUUGCAGCCGUCCAAUAGUGUUGGAAAUACCAUUGAUUGAACAGAGCAGCAUUAACGGAAGUGUCCUGUAUCGAGUUCAAAAAGCUCUAGCUAGUUACCUUCCAAGCUCAUACCCCUUUUAACAGAUAGAUAUAGCCAAGUUAGGUAUGCAUCAUUCCAUCAACAAGGAUUGUGCUCCAAAAAAAUGUUAGAAGAGGCAACCAGAGCUCAUGAUUCAUCUUAAUCCCAAUCGACAAAAGCUUACCAAAGUUGGAAACUUCUGCUAGAAAGUAAUCAUCUUCUAACAGAUAUAGAACGAGGAAGAAGCUGAAUAUGAAAAAGUAGCAAUGGUGGUUGAUUGGCUUACCUACUCUGCCCCACGAGCUUUACA